ACCGACCUCUCCAAAGCAAGACAAUUUUUGGAAGUCAUGAACAGAGGCCAUCCUGAAUACGGCUGCUUCAUCUCCCGCGAUAAAACCUUGACCAACUUCGACCACGAUACUCAAAUCGCCAACAUCAUUGAACCCAAGCAAGGAUGUACGCAUCGCUAUUCAUGA